AUGGGAGCAGAUGCGGCUGCGGCAGCCAGCGACGUGGUUCCUGCGGAGGUGCGGGUGGGAACGGUGGUGCUCGUGGGCUCGCUCGCUCAACCCGAGCCCAUCUACUUCGACUAUAACCGCUGCGUGCCCGUGCCUGAGAUCGCCAAGGGGGCGAGGAGCGGCGGCAGUGGAAUGGCGGAUGUGCUGGUGUGGUGGGACGUGUUUUCGGAGCGCACUAUGUGCAACGCGGUGCAGCUGUUUGCGUCGCCUGACUGCUCGGGGGCACCCGCAGCAAAGUACCAAAACACAGCGUACAUGAGUACGUUCAAGUUGGGCGCAUCUGUGAAGUCCAUCUGCUGCGUUGAAUUUUCAGUUGACUCAAAAGCCCCUCCCACGUGCCCCUCCCCACCCCCCUUCCCAUGUGCCCCACUCCCUGUUCACGUGUGUGAGGAGUGCUUUCAAGAUGGGCGCAUCAGUGAAGUCCAUCCGUUGCGUUCUCAGUGUUUGAAACACCUCAAAAGCCCCAUGCGUCGAUACCUACACGCCCUGAACCCUCCUCCCGUGCGCCCCUCCCGCUGUGCGCACAUGUGA